AUGGAAGCACAACCCUCAUCCUCCUCCUCGAGGGGCUGGCGCUUCUGGCUGAUUAUUGCGGGUUGCGCCGUUACCUCGCUCCUGACGGCCGUUGAGUCCACUGUCACCUCGACGGCCCUUCCCACCAUUUCUCGGGACCUGAACGCCGGAGAGUCGUAUAUCUGGUUUGUCAAUGCUUUCUUCCUCUCCAGCACGGCCUUCCAGCCUCUCUAUGGCCAACUCGCCGAUGUCUGGGGCCGACGAUGGCCGCUGAUUUCCGCCGUCGCCUUUUUUGCCCUUGGGAGUGGAAUCAGCGGGGGCGCUUCAUCCUCCGGCAUGCUUAUUGCCGGACGCACUGUGCAAGGAGUGGGCCUGGGAGGAGUCAACAUGCUGGUGGAUAUUGUUGUCUGUGACCUCGUACCGCUGCGCGAGCGGGGUCAGAUCAUGGCGCUCAUCUUCGUCGUCUUCGCGGUGGGCUCCUCUCUAGGCCCGUUUAUUGGAGGCGCUUUCACUGAGAAUGUCACUUGGCGCUGGUCUUUCUAUAUCAGUCUGCCGAUCGCAGGGGCAGCCAUCGGCCUCAUGCUUCUCUUCCUUCAGGUGAAGUAUCAGAAGAACACUACACUGGUCCAGAAGCUGAAGCGCAUUGACUGGCUUGGCAACGGACUGCUCAUCGCUUCGGUCGUGGCCAUCCUGAUCGCCCUCAGCUUUGGCGGUACCACCUACUCCUGGUCAAGCUGGCAUGUAGUUGUACCAUUAGUCCUCGGCCUCCUCGGCCUUCUGGUCGCUUUCCCGGCUAUUCAAGCAACCCCUAAGCUAUGCCCCGAACCCACUAUGCCACUCCGCCUUUUCGCCAAUAGGACCUCUCUGGCGGCCUUCACUCUCACCUUUCUCCAUGGCAUGCUCCUUUACUGGACGAUCUACUUCCUGCCUGUCUACUUCCAAGGCGUAAAGAGCAGCUCUCCCAUCCGCUCUGGCGUGCAACUCCUCCCCACCGUCAUCGUCACAGUACCCGCGGCCAUUGUCGCAGGCGUAGUCCUCACGAAGACCGGACGCUACAAGCCCAUCCAAAUCGCCGGCUUUGUUUUUAUGGCCCUUGGCAUGGGCCUGUUUAGUCUCCUUGACAAAAACUCCAGCACCGGUGCCUGGACUGGCUUCCAACUCCUUGCAGGCAUCGGAUCCGGCUUUGUUAUCACUUCCACUCUCCCUGCCGCUCAGGCUGAACUAGCUGAGACAGAUGUCGCCGCCUCCACUGCCACUUGGGCCUUUCUGCGCUCUUUGGGGUCCGUGUGGGGAGUCGCUAUCCCCGCUGCGAUCUUCAAUAAUCAGUUCGCCUCGCGUGUAGCGGCUGCCGGACUGGAUAAGGAUUCGCGUAUUGCGGCUAUACUGAACUCUAGUGGGGCGUACGAGCAGGCAUCCGGGGACUUCGUGUCCACAUUCCCUAUGGAUGUGCAGCCUGCUAUUAUCGAGGCGUAUACCGGAGCGAUGCAGCGCGUGUGGCAGAUCUCGGUCGUAUUUGCGGGGUUGGGGUUCAUUAUUGCUUGGUUGGAGAAAGAGGUCGAGUUGCGCACGACGCUGGAGUCGGAAUUUGGCUUGAAGGAGAAGGACCAGUUGGAGGAGAAGGAUGAUUUACGGGUCGUGGAGGAGGGGCCGAAUAAGUAG